AUGGAAAUAAUUAAUCUGGAGGCUCAGCAAAGUAAGCAAUAUUGCUACGUGUUUAAUAAGUCUUGCCUUAAAGAAAUAUGGGCACCUGAAGUCUCUGUGAUUCUUUACAUUUUCUCAGCAUGUUCUGUUCUGAUUACAGUCUUUGGAAACCUUCUGGUAAUCAUUUCCUUUUCUCACUUCAGACAGCUUCAUACACCAAGCAACCUGCUUGUUUUAUCACUGGCAGUGGCUGACUUUUUUAUUGGAGGAUUUUCAAUGCCUUUUGAACUGAUAAAACUUAUUGAAAAUUGUUGGUAUUUUGGGGAUACAUUUUGUUUUGUGCACUCCUUUUUCAGUUUUUUGCUUACCUCUGUUUCUGUUAGUAAUUUAGUAUUAAUAGCUUUUGACAGAUAUAUUGCUGUGUGUGAUCCAUUUUUUUAUUCAGCUAAAAUAACAAUUCCUAUUAUAGGGAUUUUUAUUGCUAGUAGUUGGGGCUCAUCCUUUGCAUAUACAUGGGCACUAGUAUAUUUCAAAGGAGUCAUAUUUACAUAUGAAACAAUCAAUGGCUGUCUAAGAGACUGUGGAGGAUUGUAUACAGAGGUAUGGGGUUUAGUGGAUCUCUUUGCCACAUUUAUUUUACCCUGUUCUCUAAUGGUAAGUCUGUAUGUAAAGGUUUUUAUAGUUGCCAGAAGACAUUUAAAAAUAAUUAAUUCAGCUUCUAAACAAAUUAAUAAAACUAACAAAAAUCAGGGUAACAUAUCUAAAAAGUCAGAGAGAAAAGCUGCAAAAACUUUAGGAAUUGUAAUAUCUGUUUUUCUUCUUUGUUGGGUACCUUACUAUUUAUGUAUAAUUAUUAACUCAUAUACUCAAAUUCAAGUGCCAUUUGCAGUGUAUAGUAUUUUUACAUGUGUAGUUUAUUUUAACUCAGGAAUGAAUCCAAUCAUUUAUGCUUUGUUUUAUCCUUGGUUUCAGAAGUCACUGAAACUUAUUAUAACAUGUCGGGUAUGCAGCCCUGCUUCAUCCCUGAUCAGAAUGUUCCCAGAAAACUAA